AUGUCUGCAGACUCAGGAAGUCCCCCGAAGGAGGAUGCUGUGGCAUCUCCCGAUAACGAUCAAAUGAAUGACCCAAGCGACCCACAUGCCUCUGGGCUUGGUUAUGAGUUUGAAGUUAAGGAACAAGAUCGGUGGCUUCCAAUAGCAAAUGGUCAGUGAAUAUCCCCUCUCUCUGAUUUGCGCCCAGCAUUAUUCUCCGCGUUGGUGAAGCUCUUGAGUGGCAUCGCUUCUCCUCCGUACCUGACCUUUACCUUACACGCGCAUGUCAUACACCUCGUCGGCCAGUCACUGAAUACCCGGCGCAAACGCUGGAGAUCUUGUUGUGUCACUGCCGUUACACCUCCUAUCAUGUCCCACGAACCUUCCUCGCCAUCCCAGUCCCCCUCCUCCCCAAGAGGUCCUCGAGGAGGUGGUGGUAAACAUGGUCAUCCAGAUGCUAACAUUCGUAACUUUGCUCCAGUCGCUCGAAUUAUGAAGACCGCCCUGCCAGACAAUGCAAAGAUUGCAAAGGAGGCAAAGGAGUGCAUGCAAGAAUGUGUCAGCGAAUUCAUCUCAUUCAUCACAAGCGAAGGUAUGUCUCAUAUCAAAAAAUAAGUGCAAGACACGCGGUUUGCCUAACAAGUCUUGUAAUAGCAUCCGAAAAGUGUCACCAAGAGAAGCGCAAGACCGUCAAUGGCGAAGAUAUUUUGUUUGCGAUGACCUCAUUAGGUUUCGAAAAUUACGCUGAAGCCUUAAAGAUUUACUUGUCCAAGUAUCGAGAAGUUAGUAUUUGUCUGACGUUGAAAUCAUGAGGUUCUCGUCGCAUCUUGAUAGCGAAUCAGAGCUGACCAAUGCAAAUAGACACAAUCGACCAGAGGCGAGAAUCGACCCGGCAGCCAAGGCUAUGGAGCCGCUGGCGCAUCAGGCGGGGCCGCAAAUGCGACCUCAUCAACCACCUUUACUGGCGGCGCUGAGGGUAACAACAACAUUCUCGGAGGUCAACAACAACCAGAAGCUGGCGAACACGAUGCUGGCGCUUUUCACGGAAGUUUGUAUGGCGGUCAAGUUCCAAGUGGUCACAACGGUGCAACUGGUGGAGAUGGUUAUUGAAAAGCUUACGGUAUCGAUUAUGAGCGAACCUAGGCCCGGCGCAAAUGGGUGGUGUUACGGUGAUUGUGACAUCAACGGGGAUGGAUAAUGGGAACUGACUUGAUUUUUCUUUGGCUGUAUUUGAUUACCCUGGCAAUGAUACCAGAAUGGAUGGGAAUGUGGGGGAAUGAAUGGAAGGAAGGAUUUAGGGAUUGCGAUACUUGAUGGGUUGUACAUGAAGAACAUCACAGGGUCAAAAAGCACAGAUGGAGGGUGUCUUUUGUUCUCUAGACUUUUUCUCCUACAAUUUCUUUUUGCUGCGCGAUAUCUCAUAUUGCUCAAGGAGUACUCUGGAUCUGGGAUCAUCAUGGGAGCCUUAAAAACAGUUGUAGGAUAAACAGUCCUCUGUAAUAAUAUUAGGAUUUUUUUUGAAUCUUUUCUUUCUUGGCGAUUAGCAGUUCAUGGUAGUAGUUUUGUUUGCUUCAUUUGGGUCGUUUGCACUGGUCAUUAG